CCUCGCCCGCAACACAGCGCCGGCACGGGCCGGGGCCCGGGCCCUGAGGCCGCUUCCCCACGGCUUCCAGGCGCCCUCGGCGAAACCAGCACCGGCCGGGCCCAGGCCCGACCCGCCCCUUCCACCCCCCGCGGCGGCUCCUCCUCCCCGCCCCGUCCCGUUCCGGCGGAGGCCUGCUCGGCACGGGGAAGGCAUAACCACUUCAGAAGACCCAGAAGGAGCUUGUGGCUGUCACAUGCAAUAGCAGAAGGAUAGGGCCAUCUGUGGAAAAUAAAAAAGAGAAAAAAAUGAAGUAUGUGUUCUUAAUAUUUUUUAUUCAUUUAUUACCACAGUAUGCUGGGAAAUCUUUGAGAAGAGACGGCAGUUACCCCAAAACAUUUGAAGACAUUAAAACCGAGAUAGCUGGCUAUACUGAUAUUGCUAAAGCUAUUAUUGAUCUUGCUGUUCAUGGAAAAGCUCAGAACAGGUCCUAUGAAAGAUUAGCAGUUUUUGCCGAUACCAUAGGACCUAGACUCAGCGGUUCAAAAAAUCUAGAUGCAGCAAUCAAGUAUAUGUUCAGUGCCCUGCAGGAAGAUGGGCUGGAAAAUGUGCAUCUGGAGCCUGUGAAAGUACCACACUGGGAAAGAGGAGAAGAGUUUGCAGUGAUGUUGGAACCAAGGAAUCACAGUAUUGCUAUUUUGGGACUUGGGAGCAGUGUUGCAACUCCUCCAGAAGGAAUUACGGCAGAAGUCAUAGUGGUAGCCUCUUUUGACGAACUGCACAAAAGAGCUCAGGAGGCCAAGGGGAAGAUUGUUGUCUACAACGAACCUUUCAUCAAUUAUGGUGAAACUGUGCGAUACAGAUCACGGGGAGCAGUGGAAGCUGCUAAAGUUGGAGCAGUAGCAUCCCUCAUUAGAUCCAUUGCUUCUUUUUCUAUUCAUAGCCCACAUACUGGGUGGCAGGAUUACCAGCCUGAUGUGCCCCGGAUUCCCACUGCUUGCAUCUCUGUGGAAGAUGCUGAAAUGAUGUCACGGAUGUCUUUCCAGGGCACUAAGAUCGUUGUGCACCUGAAGAUGGGGGCUAAGACCUAUCCAGACUCUCCUUCCUUUAACACUGUGGCAGAGAUAAUUGGAAGCAAGUACCCAGAGCAGAUUGUAUUGGUCAGUGGACAUCUGGACAGCUGGGAUGUUGGGCAGGGAGCUAUGGAUGACGGUGGAGGAGCAUUUAUAUCAUGGGAGGCAUUAUCACUCAUUAAGGAUCUGGGACUUCGACCAAAAAGGACUCUGCGCUUGGUGCUAUGGACGGCAGAAGAGCAAGGAGGAAUAGGUGCUGAGCAAUACUAUCAGUUGCACAAGGAAAAUAUCUCCAACUUCGAUAUCGUCAUGGAGUCUGAUGAGGGCACCUUCAGGCCAUCUGGACUGGGUUUUACUGGCAAUGCUAAAGCUCGGGACAUAGUGAAAGAGAUCAUGACUCUGCUGCAGCCCAUCAAUGUUACGGAUGUUUACGACAACGCAGAUGGAACGGACAUCGAUUACUGGAUGAGAAACGGGGUGCCUGGUGCCAGCUUGCGUGAUGACCUCAGUAAAUACUUCUGGUUUCAUCAUUCUCAAGGGGACACGAUGACAGUUCAGGAUCCAAACCAGAUGAACCUCUGUGCUGCUGUUUGGACUGUUGUCUCCUAUGUAAUUGCUGACAUGGAGGAGAUGCUGCCAAGGUAGUAAAACAGAAAGAAAGAAGAUUUCUGUUUUUCAGUGAAGAUUAUGAGUCCACUAAUAUAUGUUGUCUACAGCCAUGGGAAAUUCUGUUUUUCACCCUGAUUUUGUGCAUUAAUAUGUCUGUUUUCCUCAAAGCACAUGCUCUUUUACACAUUCCUGGGGGUUUUUUUUGCUGUUCUGAUAUCUUCCAUUUGUGAUUUUCACUUAAAAUUUCUUCUUUUAAGUACUUUUUAAAUUUCUGAUGAAGGUAUGAUACCUCUUUGACUAUGAUGUAAUAAUCAUUUGUAUGCAAAGUGAUCCUGUGCAGCAGGAAAAAUGUGCCAAAUAAAAUUGUUGCAUCAGAAUAAUGAAUAUAUGGAGUUACUGUACAUGUUUGUGGGUUUUUCCGUCUUUCACUCUAAGCAUUAGAAUGGUGUACUAUUAAUAAAACAGCCAUUUCUUUUUACUCUCUUAAGAUAA